AUGUCUGCACCUGUCACUCUGUUGGUGUUGUGCUGGGCGUUGAGGCUGAGCUGCAGCGCCAGUUCACCCGAGUGGUUCCAACACAUUUCUACCAGUCUCUUCAAUUUGUCUGGGGACGUUGUGCUCGGAGGGCUCUUUCCCAUCAACCUGCUCACCAGCAACCUCAGCCAGAGGAGGGAGCCUGACAACAUCAGCUGUGAGAGUUUAAAUGAGGACGGACUGGGCCUCUCUCUUGUCAUGAAAUUUGCAGUGGAUGAAAUCAACGCAAACCAAGUUCUGCUCCCCGGCAUCAAGUUGGGUUAUCAAAUCUACGACACGUGCAGACAAUCUGCCGUCAUCGUGAAGCCUACCAUGUCUUUCCUCACUGCAAAAUCCAACAAUGCGCUAUCUGUUUUGUGCAACUACACCAACUAUGAGACCAGCAUAUCGGCUGUAAUCGGUCCCUAUAGCUCGGAAAUGGUGUCGGUCAUAGGAAAACUCCUGGGAUUCUUUCUGAUGCCACAGAUUAGCUACGGUGCCACCAGUGACAAAUUCAGUGACAAGCUCCUCUACCCGUCGUUCUUCCGUACGGUGCCCAGUGACAAGUGGCAAGUGGACGUCAUGGCGCUUCUGUUGAGGGAGUUUCACUGGAACUGGGUGGCACUGGUGGGCAGUGAAGAGGAGUACGGACAACGAGGUGUGCAGGAGUUCUCCAAAAAAGCAGAAAACAUGUCCGUCUGCGUGGCCUAUCAGGGGCUGAUUCCAGUGUACACUGACCCUGCACCAGCUAUCAAUACCAUCAUCCAAAACAUCAAAGAUACCAAAGUCGGAGUGGUUGUGGUGUUUUCUCUUGUAGAGCCUGCUGUGAGGUUUUUUAAAGCGGUCAUCAGGGAGAACAUAACGGCUGUGUGGAUUGCCAGCACAAGUUGGGCUAUCAAUAAUCAACUGGUUUCCCUCCCCAAUAUGAAAUCAGUCGGUACAAUCAUUGGAUUCACUGAUGACACAGAGACCCUGGAUCUGCUCCCUGACUACACGCAAGUGCUCUUCACCAAACUGAGUGAGGAGAGGGCAAAUACACCUCCUCCAGCACCAAAGUCCAAAGGCAACCCUGACAAUCCCUGCCCACAGUGUUGGUUCUUGUCAAAGGAUAAUAUCAGCCUGGUAACAGAUGCUGUAGUGGAACGCACAGCUUUCAGUGUGUAUGCUGCCAUCUACAGUUUGGCACAGGCACUGCACAACCUGCUGAGAUGCAAUUCAACUGCCUGUAUGCACGGGCCUGAAACCAAAGUAUAUCCCUGGGAGCUGUUGGAGGCUUUAAAGAAUACGUCUGUAAACAUAAGUGGCAAACAUUUAGAGUUUGACAGUAACGGCAACCCAAACAUCGGAUACAGGAUGAUUGAGUGGGUCUGGAACGGUUCGGAGGUCAACUUCAUAAAUGUUGGAAGCUUUCAUGACCAACAACUGACCAUCAACAAGACCCUCUUCAAAUGGCACACUGACAACUCGCAGGUUCCUGAGUCCAAAUGUUCAGCAGACUGUGACAAAGGCCAGGUCCGCAGAGUCAAAGGCUUCCACUCCUGCUGUUUUGACUGUAUCGACUGUUUGCCAGGCACUUACCAGAAAAACAAGGAGGACAUCCAGUGCACUAAGUGCCCUGACCGUCAAUGGUCUCCAAACCGCAGCACUAAAUGCACUCACCCCACCUUUGUCGUUUUGUCCUGGGACACGUCUGAGGCUCUGAAGAUGACGCUGGGUGGGGUGCUGCUCCUGGUAUGUCAGGUGUCAGUGGGUGCUGUGUUCCUGAGAUACAGAGGGACCCUGUUGGUAGCGGCCUCAGGGGGAGUCCUGAGUUUUGUGGCUCUGCUCAGCCUGAUGGGAGCUUGCCUCAGUCUGGUGCUCUUCUUGGGACAGCCGGGGGACGCGGUGUGUCGUCUGCAGCUACCCCUCACCUCCAUUUUCCAAACAGUGGCCCUCUCCAUCAUCACGUCCAUCUCACUACAGAUAAUCUACGUGACAGAGUUUCCAAAGAAAGCCGCCUCUCACCUCCACAUACUGAGAGGCCCUGGGAGCUGGCUGUUUGUGCUGGUCUGCUGUGCUGUGCAGGCUGGUCUCUGUGGCUGGUUUGUUCAGGAAGGGCUCUCGCUGUCUGAACAUGUGGCACAAAUUAAUAUAGACUUUGUGGUAUCUUUUCUGGCAUGUCCAGUGUCACCCUUGCAUGGAUUUGCUGUAAUACAAGGUUUCAACGGUGCCUUGGCCCUCAUAUCCUUCAUGUGCACCUUCAUGGCAGCAAAGCCUCUUCAUCAGUACAACCUUGCCAGGGACAUCACCUUCUCCACCCUCAUCUACUGUGUGUUCUGGGUGACCUUUAUUCCAAUCUACAUUGGUUUGAAUGAAAAGAACAAGUCUAUUGCCCAUGUUUCUUUCACCCUGGCAAGCAACUUGGGACUGGUGGUGGCCUACUACUUCCCAAAAUGCUACCUGCUGUUGAGAAGACCUGAGCUCAAUACAGCAGACCACUUCUGUACCUUCCUGGAGGGCGUCCCACUAACACAAGCUCAGGAGGAACUAAAGCCACAGACAGGGUCUCAGAAAUAAACCAAAGUGCAGUUUUAUGAAUAAAAUCUCAAAGAAAGAAUCUGCAAGAGUCAAAUAUCUGUAAAAUUUUCAUUUUAUAUUUAUAUUUCAACAAAUAAUGUUUGUGAGUUUCAUAUAAUAAAUUAGCUUAGGCCUACAGUAUAGGCUGCGAAACACUCUGUUAAUUAGGCUUUAAUAAGCUGACCUAUAAUGUACUGUGUAAUCAUCAGGCCCAUACUGUAUCUGCACCUGGAGAACUCCUCAAAUUUCUUGCAGAUUUCUCGCAGAUUUUAGGAAUAUAGACGCUGCUUGAAAAACUCAGAAUACUGUAAAUCUCUCCUCCACUCCCUUGUGCAUGUGUGUGACUAUCUUGUGUUGUAGUCAGUUAGCAUUAAAAUCAAACUUUGUAUUGUACUGAGAGGAAAUGUCAAAAAUAUGAUCAAUGAAAAUAUGAUAAGAUUUACUGUUAAUAAAUUAUUAAUAGAUUGGCAAAUUCAUUUUUGUUCUCUCUACUCCAUAUUGAACCUUCCAUUUUAAUGACCCUGUGUCCCACAUUUUGUUGAUUGACUUUUCCAACAAAUGUUUACAUUUUUCUUGAAGUGUUCGUGAUCACAUACAAUUUCUGAUUCAAAGUUUCUACUAAAAUCUACUAAAGUAAUUAUUUUAGCCUG